AUGAAUAUGAACGCGGAUUGGGGACGACCAUCACCUUUAGAUGUACUUAGAGAUCAAAGUGGGUAUUUUCCGGACCUUUCUCGUUAUGAUGAUGCUCAAAGUCUAUGCACCUAUCAAGAGGAAUAUGAACACAAAUCGAAUGUAACUAGGAAUCAAAGCAUGCUUUCCUUCGAGACAGUUCAAACCAACCAAAGGCUGUUGGAUAAAUUGGACCUGAGUGUUGAAGACGAGGCUUUAUUGCACCAGGCAUUGAGGGAGGAGGAAGAGAAUAGUCGAAUUCAGGAGUUAAGAGAACAACAGAAUGGCCCUAUAAUAUGCAUGCCUGCAUCGAAAUUUCCUUCGCUGAGAAUGAAGGGCGUCAUUUCCUCCAAGGAUCCGGCCAGCAAUAUGAAAAAACGGGUGAUACCUGGUUUGAGUUUGAAAGGCCAUAUUUCGAGCUCAGCUGUUGAGCAACAUUACGUGGCUCAAUCACGCUUUUCGUACCUUGCUGAGGAAGAUAGUGAUACGGAAUUAGGGACUGAAGCGUUUGCGGCGUUGAGUUUGAGCGGGAACGAGAGAGGUCGAGAGUGGCAUCCAAAAAUCGUGAAUUUUGAAAGCUAUAGGAUAGAAAAUUCGAACCUCUUAAACCGCUAUCCGCAAUUUUUCUCGGAUGAGCGACUGGAAGGUCAAUAUGAUUCACAACCGUUGGUUAGCUCGUCGGAACCGUUUGCACAGUCAAAUUAUAUAGUAAGCCCGAGCGCAGAUAGACUAUACCAAAGCGGCAGCGGCAACAGCACCAAGACGUCUUUUGUUGAGCCCGGGCAGCUUUCGAAGCCUAAGACUCAAUCAUCGAUGGAGAGCAAUUCGUCAUUCAUCUCGCAUGCUAGAACCAAGGAAAAAUCGCAAGACAUUCGUAACGACACCCCAACUAAGAGCAUUUCGUCUCCAUCCAUCGAUUUGGUAUUUUUCAAAGAAGUUUCGAAGGAACCACCGCCUUCCUACAAGGCACAUAAGAAAAAGUCAUCCUUCUCGCUAAGAAAUCUCUUUAAAUCGCCUAUCUCUAGCAAGAGUAGAGGGUCGUUAGAUACAAGAGAAGGAGCUGAUGAGAUCAAUAGCCCGCAAUCAUCUGACGAGGGCUCCCCUAAGAAGCGCUCGCAACAAUUGAGGAAGUUUAUUCUUCCUGCCAACCCGGUCUUGCAGUUCGAGCCGCAAACACCGAAAACACCUCAAACACCCCCAAGCUCUUCGAAACAAAUCAAGAGAAAAGCCCAUCAUUUCCGCUCUUUAUCGGACUUCCACAAAGUGCCAUCACCGGUAUCGCGGCUCGAAAUCCAUUCAACUGAUAAAUUCGACAGUUGCAGGAAUUCUCCUCUUGUCAAAAGCAGACCAAGACGGAAAUUGUCAUUAGAUAGUAGAACGCCCGCGGUCCCGGUAUCUUCGUUCAACACACGUCCACAUUCUAGCCAGCAGAGUCGAAACCAUCUACAAUUUUACGGCCAUAGAGUAGAUGGAUGCUCGCACGAUAUCAAAUUUCAACAUGAUUUCAAGCAGAGCUCUGAUUCCCAGAUUAGAGCAGCAAUUGAAAUGAGAAAUGGGGGGCAACUGGAGGAGUCUGCGAGCAGACUGCGGAAAGCCUGCCAGGCGCACGACAAGACAGCCUUUCUGCUCUACGGAUUGGCUUUAAGGUACGGCUCCGGCGUACCGAGAGACUAUAAGGAGUCUUUCCGUCAUAUAAAAGCGGCGGCUGGGGUAAGUUCGGAGGCAGAGGAUAUUUUUAAGUGUGAUAUCAAUCCCUUUCAGCUGGAAUCCAGUGGCAACAUCCCUAAAGUAGCACCUGAGCCAAUUGCACCUGCAUUGUACGAAUGUGGGAUUGCAUAUCUGAAAGGUUACGGACCGGACCAUCCAAAUGAACUACACGGCCUGAAAUACCUAGAAAAAGCUGCAUCUUUGGGCCACAUAGAUUCAAUGUGCCUGAGUGCAACCAUUUGGUCCAAAAAAUCAGCAACCAGAAAGAAAGAUAUAGCAAGAGCAGCAUGUUGGUUUCGUCUAGCGGAAAAAAGAGGUGCUAACCUGAUCGGUUCUCAAUGGAUACACAAGGAGAAGUAUAAGAGUUAA